AUAGCAGUCAGUCCUCGCGACUUGUCGCUGCUGCACACACGCACGAGCUUGAUCUCGGGGUCUCGCGUAAUAUUAAAUAUUCGGAGCGGUGCAGCUCUUUUAUUUUCUUUUUGAUCGUUCGUCGUGAGAACAUGAACUCUUUUACACUCCGUUACUUGUAUAGUGACUGAAUAAGUAAUAAGUCAGUGAUCUAAAUAUUGGAUUUAGGAGCCGCGCACUUUUUUUAUUACAACUAAUAAUUCGCAAUCCAGUGAGUCCAGACGUCGCGCGAGUAAACCACGCGCGCUCUACUGAAAUCGUAGGCAAACGCACACACACGAGAAAAACCACUUGAACAAAGCCAGCGUAUUAUUAUGGCCGAAGCGGACAAAUCGAGUCCCGGAGCAGCCGAUGCUGCCGCCGCCUUGACCCUCAGCGAGUACCUCGUCGCCUUCGUCCUCGAGAUCGUGCGCAGCCCGGUGAAUAUCGGCCUCGUCGCCGUCAUCGUGCUGCUCGUUUACAAAAUAUUCUUCAGCAGCCACAAGAACCAGGAGGCCGCGGCGCCGAUCAAGCAACUGCCCAAGCUCAGGCGGGACUUCACCGUCGAGGAGCUGAGACCCUACAACGGCACCGGUCCCGAUGGCAGGAUCCUCGUCGCCGUCAACGGCAACGUCUACGACGUCACCAAGGGCGCUCGUUUUUAUGGACCAGGUGGACCCUACGGUGCAUUUGGAGGUAGAGAUGCUAGUCGUGGCUUAGCUACUUUCUCAGUUGUUCCAGGCAAAGAUGAAUAUGAUGAUCUCAGUGACUUGCAAACGGAAGAAAUGAAUUCCGUCAAAGAAUGGGAAGAACAGUUCAAAGAGAGAUACGACCUUGUGGGAAAACUUUUGAAACCUGGAGAACCUCACACUAAUUAUUCAGAUGAAGAAGAAGAAGAAGGAAGUCAACAAGACAAUGAACCAAAAUCUAAAAAUGAAUGACCACUUUAAAAAAACAUCUAAAGAAAAUAGUUUAAAGAAAUUGAGCAAAUUAUAUUCACUUAAUACCGCGAGUUUUGUGAAUAAGUUGGAUACACAGCUUAAUCAGGGCCGUAGCCAGAAAAUUUUUUCGGGGGGGUUUACCCGGGUUACUUAUGUAGCUUGGGUUACCAUUAACAGAAGGUAAAAUCCCAAAUUUCGGGGGGGGUUCUGACACCCAAACCCCCCCCGCUGGCUACG